AUGGCAUCAGAAUACAAAGAUCAACUCGGUUGUUUACUUGAAAUUUUUUCAAGAUUCGACAUGGACAACGACGGUAGCUUAACGAUUCUAGAACUCGCCGCGCUCUUGCGUUUUCUAGGGAUCAAUCCCAUGGGGAACCAGAUCCACUUGUUGUGGACGAACAUGGAGGUUAACGGCAAUGGCUACGUCGAAUUGGAAGCGGCGGUGGAGUCGGUGCCGAGACCGAAGACCAUGCCGGACUUGACGUUUGAUAACAGUAACACAGAAAGAUUAAUGGAAAUCAUGUCUGAAGAAGAAAAAAGGGAAUUUGGAUUUGAUGUAAAGGCAAUAGAUUGGAAAGAUUAUAUCACCAAUGUUCAUAUACCAGGUCUAAGGAGACAUGUCAUGAAGGGAAGGGGAAUGGGUAGUUAG